AUGUCGUCUGAUAUUCCCAUAACUAGCUCCUCGGUGAUGCAUUGGCCAUUGUCAUGGAGAAUCUGGAUUCUCCUCAACGUCAGCUUUUACAACCUUCUGGGGAAUGCAUUUGCGGCUGGGGUGUCUCCCUUGUUCUCCCUGAUUAUCAAAGAGCUUCAUUGUACCUCUGAAGAAGCAUCGCAACUGUCAACCUACGUACUCCUGACCCUUGGUUUGUCGAAUAUACUCGCACUCCCGGCCGCCUCAUUGAUCGGCAAACGCUACACGAUCCUGAUAUCCUUACUAUUCUUCCUCGCCUUCUGCCUAUGGGGUGCUGAGGCACCGACAUUCAACUCUCUCAGAGCUUCAAGGACUUUAGGCGGUCUAGCUGGUGGCCUCGUCGAGGCUCUAGGCCCAAGCAUCGUUGCGGAAACCUUCCCAGAAAGCCAAUUAGCCAGUGCCAUGGUGGUCUACGUUGGACUCCUGGCCGCUGGUUCGAGCUUGGGACCAAUUGUCGCUGGAGUUGUGGCCGAGGGAGUGAAUGACUGGAGAUGGUACUUCCGCAUUCUCGCGGCCCUCAUUUUCGUCACACUCCUAGGAUCGCUCCUAAUGCUUCCGGAAACACGGAUCGACGAUCAAACACCCAUCGAGGUCUCAACCGACAAUGAGGACAAUCUCAAGCGCUUAGGUUCCAACUUGAAGUAUACGGAAGUCGAAGAAGCUCGUCAGAGAACCGGGAAUGAGCUCCUGUCGACCAAAAGACAAUGGUGGCUCAGAUCCUUUACUGGCGCCUAUGUCGACAUGAACUGGAAACUCGCAAUGACUAGUUUUGUUCAGCCAGUGCAGCUUCUUGUGGCCCCGCAGGUUCUGAUCACCACCCUGGUCUUCGGGUUCACGAUCGGCUGGACUGUUCUCGUUUCCAUCCUCGUGGCCGUUGUCUACGCACAGCCACCCAUGCUCUGGACAGCUCGUCCCGUAGGCCUCCUUAGCGUUGGAACUCUACUUGGUCUCCUGAUAGGACUUCCAAUCGGCGGUGCUCUAGCGGACUUCUUGUAUGGGAAGGCAGCCAGGAAAAACAAGCACAUGCCGAACCCGGCCUCUAGACUGCCGGCUGUUGUCAUUGGUGGAAUCAUCAGCCCUGCUGGGUGCAUUGUGAUCGGUUACGGCUUGAACUCUCCAGAUAAUUGGAUUUCAGUGAGUGUCGGCUGGGGAAUGUUGGCUACGGGGUUGACAUGCUCGGCCAAUGUUUUGCUGACGUAUGCCGUUGACACCAUGCCUUCUCGGGCCAGUCACAUUGGAGUUCUGGUGAACUUGAUCAAGAACUGUAUCGGUUUCGGUGUGUCUUAUGCCGCCAUCACUUGGAUGGAGCGAAUGGGCCCUGUGAAGCAAUUUGGCAUUAUGGCAGGUGUUCUGUGGGCGCUUUAUCUGCUGGUCAUCCCCGUCUACUUUUUCAGCGAAGUCAUCAUUCGUAGGACUGCUAGUCUCGCUUGA